AUGGUACUUGAAGCAACUAUGAUAGCCAUUGAUAACUCGGAAUAUACGAGAAAUGGUGAUUUUUUAACAACUAGAUAUGAAGCACAAUUAACCGCAACUGAAUUUAUUUUUCAAAACAAGAUCAAUUCUAAUCCUGAAAAUACUGUUGGUUUAUUAGCAUAUGGAGGUAGUGGACCACAAGUAUUAUCUACUUUAACUACAGAUUUUGGUAAGAUUUUAUCAGGAGUUCAUGAAACAAAGAUUCAUGGGGAAAAUAAUUUUUCAAGUGGGAUUCAAGUAGCUGCAUUAGCAUUAAAACAUCGUCAGAAUAAAGUACAACAACAAAGAAUUAUUAUAUUUGUUGGUAGUCCAAUAAAAGAAAGUGAAAAAGAAUUGGAAAAAUUGGCUAAAAAAAUGAAAAAGAAUAAUGUUGCAAUUGAUAUUAUAAACUUUGGUGAAGAAGGUGUAAAUACUGCAAAAUUAGAAAAAUUCCAAUCAAUUAUAAAUAAUCAUGAUAAUUCACAUCUUGUUACUGUUUCGCCGGGACCAAGAUUAUUAUAUGAAGUUGUUGCAUCUUCUCCGAUUUUAUUAGAAGAUGGAGGUUUUGGAGGUGCUGGUGGAGAUAUGGAUUUCUUUGGCGGUGCAGGUGGUGCUGGAGAUAUUAUUGAUCCAAACAUGGACCCAGACUUGGCUAUGGCUUUAAGAUUAUCAUUAGAAGAAGAAAAGGCUAGACAAGAAAGAGAGGCUGCUGAAAGAGCCAAAGCUGAAUCAGGAAAUGCAGAUUUAGCGAAAAUCGAUGAAAGUAAAGAAGACAAUAAUGAUAAAGACAAGGACGUCAACAUGGAAGAUGCGAAGUAA